AGUUAAAUGCCCAAAGCCCAAUUAAUAAUAUUUAUUUUGCUGAUAACAAAGUGAUAUUAAAUAGGGAUAACAUAUAAUAUAUAAGAAGACCAAAAAAAAAUUAAAGGGUCCAACAACCUUUUAUAAGUAGAUUUUUAAAGACUGCUUCUCUUUUAAUAGUAUAGAUUAUAUUUAGAUGUUGUAUGAUUUUAAUUGGACUGAAAAAACAUCAACUGAACAUUUUCAAAUUUAAUAUUAUUGAUAUUGUCAGCUAAAAGAACAAUAUUGUCAGCUAAAACUAAGCUAGUAUGAUUUACGUUUCUAACACUGCUAAUAUAAUUUUGGUAUCAGGAAAAGCAUGUCAGAUUAGAAUUUGGCAUUGUUCAAAGAAAAUUGCUUUGGAAAAAUCGAUCAUAACACAUCUAAAUGAUAAAAAAGGAAAAAAGCAUAGAAUAAGCAUUCAAAAGAUGUUUUACAGCAAAUAAUAUAUGGUGACAUGUUAAAACAUCAUCAGAAGUCAUCGGAUUACGAAUUUGAUAUAUUUUUAGGAGUAUAUAAAUCGUGUUGAUGAUGUUAGCAACAUAAUAAAUAUAAGUUCAGAGAUAUUGUCAAGUAAUUUAUAUAAUUUAUAUAUUUUUCAAAUAUAUUAUUUUUUGUUCAGAUAUAUAUGCAUGUAAUGAUGUAUUUAUUUGUGUAAAUGACAAACGUUUUCAUUUUUAUUAUUUUAUUAUUAUUUGUUAUUUAAUUCUAAAUGCUCAGUUUUUUAUUCUAAAAUCAUGAAAGGAUCUUCAUGUACCUAACCCCGAAGGAAUCCAGCCCUUCGAACCUCUGUCCAUUUGAUAGUAAACAGAGCAGGAUGCACUUGCCACAUGACCUCGUUCAUCCUCUGGACAAGGUAGUGUGCGUCAUGCUCAUACUCAUUAUCUUCUCCACAUCUCUUUUGGUUAAGGUAGCCUAGUGUUUCUUCCUAAUGAGUGUAUUCUGUAAUAUAUCCAUAAAGCUAUCAUGCGUGAACUUUCUUAAGUGAUAUUUAAUUGUAAUUAUUAAAACAUUGUUCCAACUGCAAGACGAUGAUCUCCAUAUCAUAUUCUCAUUAGAUCUUUCAAACCUGGGUGAUAUAGUUUUCAGUCCCUCAUUCAUUUGGUAAUAACCUUCAGCAUUACCUUUAUCAUUGCAUGUGUGGUCAUCAUUGUUUGGUUCAGGGGUUUGAGGAUAAUCACCAUCGUCAGUUGAAGUUAAGGACACAUUCCUUUGUCUCAUAUGAAAGCAUACCACAUAGAGUGAUCGCUCAUAUCAAAGAUAAACUAUAGUGUUUUUAUCUUCUUAGAAUUGAAAGUUUCAUUGUAAGUGUAGGGGAUGAUUGAUGUUCAAGUUGAUCUUAACCUUCACGAAAUAAAACCUUGUUGAAAUAUCAUCAAAAUCCAUGUCAACAACGAUAUCACCUAGAUAUAGGUAAUCAUAAAAAUAUUUAAGUACUGAAAUGGGAUACCACACAUUUGUAUUCAGAAGGGAAUGGUCUCAAACUCUCAUCCAACAAAUUUAAUGACCACUUUUGUAAUACCUUUAACAGCUUGACAAAAGACCAACAUCUGUGUAGGGUAUCAUAACCUCCUUAUUUGAAAUACCAAUUGGAAUUUAUUCAGACGAUUAAUUCUAUUAACUGUGUUUCCCUAUCCCUGAAGACACGACAUGUGGGCAAUUAAAAUCCAUAGAUGUUGUUUUCUUAGAUUCACUGACACACUGAUGAUCGAGGAUCAGUUAAUUCUCACUGCAUGGACACAUAUUUCCGCAUGAAGGGCAAUUGGUUCAUGUUCAAUUUCUAAAGUUGAAUCAUGAAUCAUUUUUCGGAGAUUUCCACUCACUGUUGGAUAUUUUUGGUUAUUAACUAGAAUAUAGACUAAAGAAGAAAUGAAUUUUUAGGUUUGUGUUUCUAUGUUUGGUUUUUGUGUCUGGAUCUCUUUUAUGAAGAUUUGUAAACUGAGUUAAUUUCAAAGAUGUGGGUUCACUCGAUGGACAAACAAACUAGACAAUAAUCACAAAGAAAAAUUAAUAGAAACCAUCAGAAUUUUAUUAUCCCGCCGAAAAAAUGACAGUUCCGAUGACAGUUUAUGUAUCCGCUAGAAUCAGACUCUAGAUUCUCUUAAGAGAGACAUAAAUAAUAAAAAGAUUACCUUCAUUUAUUAUCAAAAAUAACAGUUUUUGUGUUAAACAACACGCUCUGAUACCAUUUAUUGUGCAACAAGUUAUGAUACCAUUUGUUACAAUAGUUCUUUAAUUUUAUCAUUCAAAUAAAUUAUUAAAAUGAAAUCAUGAGAAAGAAUAUGCAAUGAAAUCAUAAGAAGGAAUAUGCAAGAUACCCGGUUGAUUUCCAUGGGAUUGAAAUUCUAACAAGUUAAGAAGGACGAUUUUGAUUUUGUCUCUCAACCUUUUUCCCUCGGUUGUUUGUGUUUCACAUGAAAAACGAGAUAAAAACAGAAACAUAAAGAUUUCUAAAUUUGGUUCAACUCACUGAUGUGAUAGUGUUUAUAUCCGGAACUAAAUCAAUCAAUUCACCAAGAAAGAAGAAUGCAUCUUAAUUAUAAAGCUCACUGUACAACAACAAUGGAAAGAGAGAGAGAGAAGCUCACAAUGAAUCAAUUCAGGAGAGUUGAUAAAAGAAAAAUAAGCUAGAGUUUUUAAUAUUUAUACUCAAAGUCUUAUGUAUUCACAGAGCCUCUAGCAGUAUGAGAGUUUGUCUCUUUAUCUUUCUCUUUAGUACAAUGUUCAAAGCACCCUAAACUAAUUUCUUCAAUUACCAAUUAGCUCAAACCGAUACAAAUUUCUUGUAUCUAUUUUGGUUAAUUUCUUAAAUAUGAUGUCAUCUUCGUAUAUUGAGUUCAAUUCUCAUAAACAAAUCUGAUUUCAAAAUCGACAUAAGCGAUAUAAUCUAUUGAUUAAUAAAGUUUGUUGCAUUCUUACAAUAUUGUCAACUUGCCAUUAUCAUUACAAAUCUUAAAAUUUAUGAUUAUUAUCUCACGUAGCGUUAGAUUUGAAUUACUUUCCAGGAUUUUUUUCUGUUUAAUUUCCAUUUAAAAAUAUUUAACCUUUUAACCUUCCAAAACAAUUUUAAAACCGCGUAAAAAAAAUAAAAAUAUCUCUUUUCCGUUCGGUUUAUUACAUUUCUGGCCUCUACUUGAACACUUUCUCUUCUACUUUCCUCGAUCAGAUUCUCUCCUCUCUUCGAUAUGCAGCAGCAAGACCCGAACGCCCGACCCGCCACCGGGUAUCCAUACCCGUAUCCGCCUCAACAACCCGCCAACGGUUACCCUCCCAACGCCGCAACCGCCUACCCAUACCAAAACCACAACCCCCACUACGCGCCUCAGCCUAGCCCACGCGCCGUCCUACUCCGCCGCCUCUUCACCGCCUUCACCGUCUUCCUCCUCAUCCUAGGCCUCAUCCUCUUCAUCUUCUUCAUCGUCGUCCGCCCCCAGCUCCCGACCGUCUACCUCAACUCCCUCUCCGUCUCCAACUUCACCGUCUCCGACAACCGCCUCGCCGGAAACUGGGACCUCCGCCUCCAGUUCCAAAACCCUAAUUCGAAGAUGUCGCUUCACUACGACGGCGUCUUGUGCACGCUCUAUUACGACCGCGCGUCUCUCUCCGAGACGCGUCUGCAGCCGUUCGAUCUGGGGACGAAGGAUCAGACUCCGAUCAACGCCACGCUCUCCGUCUCCGGGACGUACGUCGAUGGCCGGUUGGUUGAUUCGAUUGGGAAAGAGAGGGGCGAGAAAGGAAGCGUGGAGUUCGAUUUGAGGGUGGUUUCUUUGGUUACGUUCCGGUACGGAGUGUACCGGAGGAGGAGGUACGUCACGGUUUUCUGCGAUGACGUGGCGGUUGGUGUCGGGGGGAAUAGUAGUUCGGGGAACAUGGUUGGUUCGGCUAGGAGAUGCAAACCUUAAUGAUGAUAGAAUGUGAGUUUCUUACAUUAGGACUUUUAAUAAUUUUAACCUAUUACUUGCGAUGUUGAUGAUGAAAUUUAUUCAUGUUUUAUAAUAUGAAUUUGAAUGUAAAUCGAGUCGACAAUGGUAUUUUUUUCAAUGUUUAUGAUGAAUUAUACAUGUUUUGGAAGACCAUUUUCAGCUAAUGUGUUGUUGAAUGAUGAUAUGAUGAUUCUCUGUUUCAUU